UUGAAUUCUCAUUCCCACCAAACAUUUUAAAAAAGAUUUUCGCCGAUUAUUUCUUCUUAGGGUUUAGGGGUUUGAGGAUAUCAUUUGAUUUCCUGAAGAAAACUACUAUGUAAUUUAGAAAUCUAAACACUAAUUAUUAUUAACUCUUGAGCUGAUUGUUCAUCAGAGUUGGAAAAGAAUGAUAUCUGUUUCUAAGUGUAUUAGGGUUUGUCAAUUUUCCAAACCCCCUGGAGGAGGAGGACCAAACAUGGGUGUUUAUAGAAAUGCAUCGUAUUUGUGCCGUUUCCACAGUCAUUUCAGACUUUCUGUUGUUUCUUCUCAGGAUAGAUGUUUUAGUGGUGGUAUUGAAAGAUUGAAGAUGCAGAAACAUCCGUUUACUGGUGAAUUCAGGCGCAAUCAGAUGGAUAUUGCAAGAAAAAAUGGAAUGUAUAGACAUGUCAAUGGUUUUCUAUCAGAUACUCCUUCACCCUUAGGGAGUAGACCUUUCAGAGAAUCUAAUUCAAUACAUAAAGGGUAUGCAUUGUUCUCAUCAUCAGCUGGGGAUACCUCGAAUGGUAAACCAGUUGAAAAGAAAAUCGAGACUAAAAUUGUGCCGAAGGAGAACGAACAAGCGGCAGAUAUGCGUAUAUUAAAAACUCUUGCAAAAUAUUUAUGGUUGAAAGAUAAUUAUGAAUUUAAACUGAGGGUGGUAUUAGCAUUGGGUCUUUUGGUUGGAUCAAAGGUUUUAAACGUUCAAGUGCCUUUCUUAUUCAAGUUAUCUGUGGAUUGGUUAUCAAAUGCAACGGGGACUGCUGGCUCACUAGCUACCUUUUCAGCUGCAAAUUCUACUUACUUGGCACUAUUUGUGAGUCCUGUAGCUGUUCUAGUUGGGUACGGAAUAGCACGGGCUGGGUCUUCUGCUUGCAAUGAACUGCGGACUGCUGUAUUUUCUAAGGUGGCCUUGAGGACUAUCCGCACAGUUUCUAGGAAGGUGUUUUCACAUCUGCAUGAUCUGGACCUUCGUUAUCACCUCAGCCGGCAAACUGGUGCCCUGAACCGAAUAAUUGAUCGAGGCAGCCGCGCAAUAAAUUUCAUUCUUUCAUCUAUGGUAUUCAAUGUUGUUCCCACCAUCUUGGAGAUUUCUAUGGUUGCAGGCAUACUGGCGUACAAAUUUGGAGCACCUUUUGCUUGGAUUACAUCCUUAUCAGUUGCUGCGUACAUUGCUUUCACGUUGUCUGUGACGCAAUGGCGAACUAAGUUUAGGCAGGUCAUGAAUAAGGCUGAUAAUGAUGCAAGUUCCAGAGCUAUUGAUUCACUUGUUAAUUACGAGACAGUGAAGUAUUUUAACAACGAGGAAUUCGAAGCUGAAAAGUACGAUGAAUUCCUUAAGAAAUAUGAGGAUGCUGCUUUAAAAACUAGCAGUAGUCUUGCUUUCUUGAACUUCGGCCAAAAUGUGAUAUUUAGCACGGCUCUUUCAAUGGCCAUGGUAUUGUGUUCUCAUGGAAUUAUGAGAGGGGAGAUGACAGUUGGUGAUUUGGUUAUGGUAAAUGGGCUUCUUUUCCAGCUAUCUCUUCCUCUCAAUUUCCUUGGCAGCGUGUAUCGUGAGACCAGGCAGAGUCUUGUUGAUAUGAAGUCCAUGUUUCAGUUACUAGAGGAAACGGCAGAAAUUGCUGAUGCACAUGAUGCGAAACCUCUAAAUUUGAGUGGAGGAAGUAUUGAAUUUGACAAUGUGCACUUUGGAUACCUGGCAGAACGAAAGAUCCUCGAUGGGAUAUCUUUUACUGUGCCUGCUGGAAAAAGUGUUGCAAUUGUAGGAACAAGUGGCAGUGGUAAGUCGACCAUACUUAGACUGCUGUACAGAUUUUUUGAUCCCGUUAAUGGAGCUAUAAGGGUAGAUGGCCAGCAGAUUAGGGAUGUUACUGUUGAGAGUCUACGGAAGUCUAUUGGUGUUGUACCACAAGAUACUGUACUUUUCAAUGAUACGAUAUUCCACAAUAUUCGUUAUGGACGGUUAUCUGCAUCGGAGGAAGAGGUCUACGAUGCAGCUCGACGUGCAGCAAUCCAUGAUACCAUCAUGAAAUUUCCGGAGCAAUACAAAACUAUGGUCGGUGAACGUGGACUUAAGUUAAGUGGUGGUGAAAAGCAGCGAGUGGCCCUUGCUCGUGCAUUCUUGAAAGCACCAGCUAUCUUGUUAUGUGAUGAGGCUACAAGUGCUCUUGAUAGUACAACAGAAGCUGAGAUUCUAAAUGCAUUGAAAUCCAUAGCGCAUAAUCGUACAUCAAUCUUCAUUGCACAUCGGCUUACCACUGCAAUGCAGUGCGAUGAGAUUAUCGUCUUGGAGAAAGGGAAGGUGGUUGAACAAGGUCACCAUGAUGCUCUCUUGUUAAGAGCAGGAAGAUAUUCACAGCUCUGGGGACAACAAAAUAACGCUGUUGAUGGUAGUGAUUCAACCGUUAAACUAGAGGCUUGAGAACGAUCUGGUCAAGUUUCCAGAUAAGUAAUUUUAACCUCGGGAGAAGUGCGAGUGGAGCUCUCACUCACUGAAUCUUUACCGUCCUCUCUUGUACCACAGACAUAGUGCCUCUCUGUGGUCCAUUGCAGUGGAGCUCUCCCUCCCUGAAUCUCCUCCACCCUCUUCUUGUAAGACGGAAGAGUAAAUAGUCUUUCAGUUGUCCAUUUCCAGUGUGUAAAAAAAAUGUUCAGUUCUGAGAUCUCACAAAAAAGAAAAAAUUAUUUUUCCAGUUUUAUAAAAAAAAUAAAAAUAUGAAUUUAUAUCUUGCUAUUUCA